AUGUCUGUAGCUUCGACAACUGUAAAUAGUUUAGUAAAUGUUGGUGCAUCAGUUGCCACCAAUGCUCUUGGAAAGACAAGAGCGAUUUUCAAUAAUGGUAGAUUUGUCAAUCCUUGGUUCCAUAUGACAAACGGUGAAAUAUUUAAAAGUGUUUUAAAAUGGAAAUUUACAUUAAAUCCAACAAAGAUAGAACCAUUGACAGAACAUGAAAAACAACAUGUACAUCCAGUUUUGGAGGUGGAUUUAGAUAGAUUGAGACAACCAGUCGAUAAUAGUAAAUUGAGAUGUACAUGGAUUGGACAUUCUACAUUUUUGAUGCAAUUCGCUGGUGUCAAUUUCUUGACGGAUCCAGUGUUUGCAGAUCGUUGUUCACCAUUCUCUUUCGCGGGUCCAAAGCGAUAUCGUGAUAUUCCAGUGCCACUCGCCAAACUACCGAAAGUAGAUUUCAUCGUCAUCAGUCAUAAUCACUACGAUCAUUUGGAUAUCAGUGUUGUCAAGGAAAUAGGAAAUUCCGUACGUUGGUUCGUUCCAGUGGGUUUAAAACAAUGGUUUAAAGAUGCAGCGGGUGUAGACAAUGUAUCGGAGCUCUCGUGGUGGGAGGAAGACAGCUUCAGCGAGAGAAUACAGCUGGUCGCUACACCAUGCCAUCACAACACCGGUAGAGGUUUACACGAUCGUUUCAAAACACUCUGGUGUUCAUGGUGCAUCAUCGAUAGAACCACUGGCAAAAAGAUUUAUUUCGGUGGUGACACUGCUUAUUGCGAUGUUUUCAAAGAGAUCGGUCAUCACAUCGAUGGAAUAGAUUUCAGUUUAUUGCCAAUCGGUGCCUAUGCACCGAGGGAUCCUCUUAAAGAGAUGCAUGUGGAUCCAGCUGAAGCUGUAAUGAUUCAUCAGGAUAUCAGAUCCAAACGUUCGAUUGGUUGUCAUUGGGGUACAUUCAUUCUAUCUGACGAACCACUACUGGAACCACCCAGAAAACUUAAAGAAGCAGCAGAACUCAAUGGUUUAGGUGCGGAUGAAUUCACAGCAAUGAAGAUUGGUGAAACAAGAGAUUUUGCACUUUAA